GGAGACUGGACACAGCAGAGUGGAGUCGGUAUCCAGGCAGCUGCUCUGUCUGUCUCUGCUUUUCUGACAGCUAGGCUAGCUUGUAAACAACAGCAAAACGCUCCGGUUGUGUCUCAGAGAAUUUAAUGACUGAACACGCAGGUGUUUUUUUUACUACUAGUCUCCGUGUCCGCCGGUAUUCUUCUUUUCAUUUCCACUACAUGUCUUUGGUUCCCGUUCAGGAACGACUCUGCAACAUACUGAGGCGCUGAUGUUGCCUAAAUGAGCUAACCUCUCAAGUGUCUUCAAAGACAAAAGCAACAUUUUCACUGGCACCUAAGUCGUUGCCAGGCAGCGGAUGUCUCGUCCCCUCCCUCUGAGGUCAGAGGCCAGCUGGAGUUGGGAGGUGGGUCCUCAGCAGCAGCAGCAGCAGUAAUGCGGGCUUCCGUGGCAGGCUGCAGGAUGAGCGUGGGUGCGCUCCUUAACGGACUGCUGGUCUCUGUGGUCGCAGCUCUGCUUUGGAAGUACUCCAAGCUGAGCGAACAUGCUGCUCUGCUGGAGGAAGAGUUGCAUAUGACACAGCAGUCACAGGAGGUCUCACAGGCUCGCAUCGACUACCAUGUAGCCCUGCAGGCUCUUCAGGAACACGGCACCCGUAUGGUCUGCAGCGGCAAGAUGCACACUGACCGCAUCUGCCGCUUUGACUACCUCUGCUACUGUUCCGAGGCGGAGGAGUUUGUGUUCUUCCAUUCCAAUUCCUCUGUCAUGCUGCCUAACUUGGGGUCUAGGCGCUUCCAACCCGCCUUGCUGGAUUUGUCCUCAGUAGAGGAUCACAAUACCCAAUACUUCAACUUUUUAGAGCUUCCAGCUGCUGCUUUAAAGUUUAUGCCCAAGCCUGUGUUUGUACCAGAUGUGACGUUGAUCCUAAACCGGUUUAAUCCUGAUAACCUGAUGCAUGUAUUCCAUGAUGACUUACUCCCAGCCUUCUAUACCAUGCAGCAGUAUUCAGAUUUGGAUGAUGAGGCUCGUCUUGUGUUCAUGGAGGGCUGGGGCGAAGGUCCACACUUUGACCUUUACCGACUUCUCAGUAGCAAGCAGCCGUUACUUAAAGAACAGCUGAGGAACUUUGGAAAACUAAUGUGUUUCACUAAAUCAUAUGUAGGCCUGUCCAAAAUGACUACCUGGUACCAGUAUGGGUUUGUUCAGCCACAGGGUCCAAAAGCCAACAUCUUGGUCUCAGGGAACGAGAUCAGGCAGUUUGCUAAGGCUCUGAUGGAGAAAAUGAACAUCACAAAGGUGGAUGAACCAGAAAAGGAUGGAGGGAGCGCUGAAGAUGAGAAGGAGAAAGAGAAGAAGGAUGAAUACAUCGUUGUGUUUAGUCGUUCAACAACAAGGCUGAUAUUGAAUGAAGCAGAGCUAAUCAUGGCACUGGCCCAGGAGUUUGAAAUGAGAGUGGUUACAGUGUCCUUAGAGGAGCAAUCUUUCCCCAGUAUCGUCCAGGUGAUCAGCGGUGCUUCCAUGUUAGUCAGCAUGCACGGAGCUCAGCUUAUCACCUCGCUCUUUCUCCCCAGAGGAGCUGUUGUGGUGGAGUUGUUCCCUUUUGCUGUGAACCCAGAGCAGUACACUCCAUAUAAAACCCUUGCGUCUCUUCCAGGCAUGGACCUUCACUAUGUCUCCUGGAGGAACAUGAAGGAGGAGAACGCUGUGACCCACCCAGAUAGACCCUGGGAGCAAGGUGGCAUCGCUCACCUCGAAAAAGACGAGCAGGAACGAAUCCUAGCAAGUAAGGACGUCCCCAGGCACCUGUGCUGCCGCAACCCAGAGUGGCUCUUUCGGAUCUAUCAGGACACUUUGGUGGACAUCCCAUCCUUCCUGGAAGUCCUCAAAGAAGCCAUGAAGGUCAAGCCCAACUUGAAGAAGACCAAGGUAGCCAGUACAGUCCACCCAGGCCGGGUCAGAGAGCCUCAGUGUCAGACUUCAGUACAAACCUCUAAUGAGGCAAAACUUACAGUCUCUUGGCAGAUCCCGUGGAAUCUGAAAUACCUUAAGGUGAGAGAGGUGAAGUAUGAGGUGUGGAUCCAGGAGCAAGGAGAGAACACCUACAUGCCUUACAUCCUUCCCCAGCAGAACUACACUUUUUCAGAGAACAUUAAGCCCUUCACCACCUACCUGGUGUGGGUUAGGUGUAUCUUCAACAAGAGCCUUCUGGGUCCCUUUGCAGAUGUUCUUACGUGCAGGACCUAGUAUGGAAACAAGGCCAGUUUGGUGCUGUGCAGUUUUACACAAAAACAGAGUAAUGCUUGUUCCAGACAAUCAGAACACACAGGGAACUGGUUGCUCCCAGUUUUUCCAGUGGGGGUUCGCUAAUGUCAGAAGGCUUGUUUCUACAGAUCAGGAGCAGGCUGUUGAGCUCUUGCACAGUGAUGAUUCCAUGCCCAGCACAAAGUGUGCAGUGACUUCUGGGUGAACUACUAAAGAGUAAAAACAGCUAUUGAGGAAUGGAAAGUAUUUUUUCUGUAUUUAUGAAAGAAAGAAAGUGCUAAACCAUGUCCCUACUGAUAUACCAGAAUUGAAAUCAGCAGAUUUAUUUAUGUGAAAAAUAAUAUAUAAUCUUUUUUAGUAUUAGUCAAAACACUGGUUCUUUACCUUUUACAGUAUGCAAUGUAGCUUCUCUGUGGUGAGCAAGAGAAAUUUUAGAACAGCAGGAUUUUUUAUGUUUUCUGACUUGUCCGAUGUCUAGCGUGUGUGCGUGUGUGCGUGUGAUACCUCUGUGGCUUAGUUUACCUACAGAUUGUUAGAUUCCAUACACCGUUAAUUACGGAACUUAGCCAAAACCAAAGCAACUUCUCCCAUAUAAUUUUCAGACAACUAUUACUCAUGCCAUAUUAAGUUUUUGUGUUACAGAUUUCGCAUACUUCCCGUGUUUGCUAAGAACUAUAAAACCUCUAAAAAUAUUUCAGAAUUUACUGUUCAUGAAGUAGUGUGUGUUUUUGACCCUUAGAGCUAAGUUAUGCGGUAAACAGAACACUUUCUGGAUAAUUUAAUAUCUUUUAGGUUGCUCCUUCAUUUGUUAUAUUUAUAGCACUACAAAUCUUCGCCCACAAAAAAUUUGUCUGUUUUUGUGUAGAAAUGGAUAAUUUUUUUCUUAUUGGCACUAAUUACAACUGUAAUAAUGCAAAUUUCCUGUGAAGCGUAUAUUUUUUACACCAGGCUGUAAUUAGCGUUAAGCAGUUUCCCUCCUGUACCCAGCAGUAGGCUGCUGGACAGUCUGAUUGCACUGCCUUGUGUAAAAAGCAUUUUCAUUAAGAUAACAAGGUAUUUUGCAGCUUAGGAUUCCUCUGUGUUGUGUAAAACUCUGUUAAUUAAGAUUAAAUCCCCAGUUAUGUGUCUUUUUACUUUCUUUCCUCAAAGCUUUUCUAGCUGGUCUGAAAAAGUCUAGUGUUGAAUUUUAGAAGGAAACAGCAGUCCUCUAAAGCUGCCUGUUAAAGUUGUUUCAAUGUCAUUUGCAAAAGAAAUGCAAUUUAUGGGUAGCGAGACGUCAGAAAUGUGUUUAUGUUUUAACCCCUUGGACUGCAGAUGGUAGUAUGUGCUAGCAGCGACGUAGCUAGAGAUGGUUUAUGGAAUGGCACAAGUUAAACCAAACACUGCCACUAACAUACUGUGUUGUAUUGUGCCAUUGUUGAGAUGAUGUCAUGACAUUUUUCUUUUUGUAUCUUUUCCUUUUACCUGCUAUCUCUCUCUCUCUGUCUCUCUAACCUUCCUCAGUUUCUCCCCAUUUUCUAAAGUUCUUAAAUGCAGUUUGUUCCGGUGCAUGUCUAAAAGAUUAUGUUAUGACAUUGUUACGCGUGCAGGAUGUGAUGGAUUAGUUUUCCCUGCAGGGAUUAUUAAAACGAUUUUGAUUGUGGCAUGUGUGUGUUUAUAUUGUUGGUUAGAUUUCCUUGUGCCCCUGCCCCACUUCUGUAUGUGCUGAGUGAAGCGAGACUCUCUGUUUUCUACAUUAGCAAAUAGCUGGAGUUUCUUUUUCAGUAACUGUGAUUUGAAUAAAGAAGCUUAUUUCUUA